AAUUUGCAUUUGAUGUCCAAUGUUUGUCAAAACCUUUUUCCCUAUUGCAUAUCUGGUUGACUUCCAUGGCUUCCAUACACUUAUCUGAAGCAUCUUCUUCUACCCCAAAAUCUAAAUAUGAUGUGUUCCUAAGUUUCAGAGGUGAAGACACACGCAAGAACUUCACCGAUCAUCUCUACGCAGCUUUGAUAAGAGCUGGAGUGAACACCUUCAGAGAUGAUAAUGAACUUUCAAGAGGAAAAGACAUCUCCUCAGAGCUGCUCAAGGCCAUCCAAGAAUCAACAAUUUCUGUUGUGAUAUUUUCGAAAGGCUAUGCUUUUUCCAGGUGGUGCCUUAAUGAGCUUGUGAAGAUUAUUGAGUGCAAAAACAUAAUAGGGCAGACUGUUAUUCCAAUCUUCUACGAUGUUGAUCCAUCUAAUGUUCGGAAACAGACAGGAGGUUAUGCAAAAGCUUUUGCUGAACACGAAGAACGUUUUGAAGCAGAUACGGAGAUGAUUAAAAGGUGGAGGACAGCUCUUUCAGAAGCUGCAGAUUUAUCUGGUUGGGAUCUACAAAACGUUGCAAACGGGCAUGAAUCAAAGUUUAUCCAAAAGAUUGUGGAAGAUGUCCUCAGAAAAAUAAACCGCGUUUACUUGCAUGUUGCCACUCACCCAGUUGCUUUAGAAUGCCGUGUUGAAAAGGUAAUAGAGCUAUUAAGCAUGGGGUCUGAUCAUGUUCGCAUAGUGGGCAUCUAUGGAAUGGGUGGUAUAGGAAAGACCACCAUAGCAAAAGCUGUCUACAACUCUAUCUGUGAUGGGUUUGAUGGAAGCAGUUUCCUUUCAGAUGUUAAAGAUAUCUCUAAGAAAACUAAUGGUCUUGCAAGCAUACAACAACAACUCCUUUCUGAUAUCCUGAAUUUGAAAAGUAUUCGGAUUCAUAAUGUUGACAGAGGUAUCAAUUUGAUCCAGGAAAGGCUUUGUCACCAGAGAGUUUUAAUUGUUCUUGAUGAUGUGGAUGAUUCAACACAAUUGAAUUCACUGGUUGGGGAUCUAAAGUGGUUCGGUACAGGAAGUAGGAUUAUUGUUACAACAAGGGAUGCACGUUUGCUGACUGAAUUAGAGGUGGACAAAAGAUAUAAAGUUGAAGAAUUGAAUCCUGAGGAGUCUCUCCAGCUUUUCAGUUGGCAUGCAUUUAGGAGGCCUAAUCCCAAAGAUGGUUACUUCCAACUUUCCAAGAGUGUGGUGGAUCAUGUUCAAGGACUUCCCCUAGCUUUUGAACUUCUUGGUUCUCAUUUGUUUAAAAGAAGCCAGCUUGAAUGGGAAAGUGUGGUGGAAAAAUUGCGAUACAUACCUCAUGACCAAAUUCAUAAGAAGCUUAGGAUAAGUUUUGAUGCACUAGAUGACCAAGUGAAAGCCAUAUUCCUGGAUAUUGCAUGCUUCUUUAUCGGACUGGAUAAAGAAUAUGUCAUGAAAAUACUAGAUGGUUGUGGUUUCUUUCCAGUAAUCGGUGUUAGUGUUCUCUUGGAGAGGUCUCUCAUAACAAUUGAUCACCAAGGUGGUCAUACGCUUAUAAAAAUGCAUGGCCUACUUCGAGACAUGGGAAGAGAGAUUGUUCGUGAAGAAUCACCAAAUCAUAUUGGAAAACGCAGCAGGCUAUGGUUUCAUGAGGACGUAGUGAGCGUACUAAAAACGCACAAAGGAACUGAAUCUGUGGAAGGUCUUAGCCUAGAUGCAUCAGCCUGCAGAGAAGAUGUCAUUGUGAGCAGUACCGAAGCAUUGGCAAAGAUGAUCAAUUUAAGAUUGCUGAAAAUUAAUUCCAUACGUUUCACUAGUGGGAGUUAUGAAAAGUUUUCCAAAGAAUUAAGAUGGCUUUGUUGGCAUAAGUGUCCUCUAAAAGUUUUACCGCCCAACCUCGAUUUAGACAACAUGGCUGUUCUUGACAUGCGAUUUAGUAAUGUCAGAAAAGUUUGGAAGGAGACAAAAUUUAUCCACAAGCUGAAAAUACUAGAUCUCAGCUAUUCAAUAUACCUUGUGAAGACACCAAAAUUUGCUGGACUCUCAAACCUAGAAAGACUAGAAUUUGAAGGUUGCACAAGUUUGACUAAGGUUCAUCAAUCCAUUGGGCAGCUGGAAAGACUUGUAAUCUUGAAUUUGGCAGAUUGCAACAACUUAAGGGAACUUCCAGACAACAGCAUUUGCAAUCUAAGGUCUCUUGAGACCUUGAAUCUUAAUGGUUGCACGAAACUUAACAGGUUACCAGAGCAUUUAGGCAAGUUGGAAGCUUUGAGAAAGCUUCUUGCUAAUGGGUCUGCUAUUAAGCAAUUGCCUAUUUCAUUGGGACUUAUGAAGAACCUUGAAGAGCUAUUAUUAGCUGUACGUAAAGAAGAGUCGACUACUAAGUCUUUGUCCCCAUCCUUUUCAAGAUGGGUUUCACCAAGAAGUGCAGGUUCUCCCACAUUACUACCAGCUACGUUUAGUCAUUUAAGCUCAUUAACAAGGCUUAAUCUCGGUUAUCGAAACUUGUCUGACGAUGACAUUUCUAUUGAUUUUGGGAGUUUCCAAUUUCUGAAAUCAUUGAUUUUAGAAGGAAACAAGUUUUAUAGACCACCAGUUGGAAUUAGCAAUCUUCCUAGGUUAGGUGAACUGUAUUUAAAUGAUUGCACGAACCUUCAAUCAAUUCCAGAGCUUCCUUCAAAUUUAGAAUUCUUCGGAGCAAAACGGUGCACAUCAAUCUAUAGAUACCCAAAACUAUUCGUAGGUGCGAGGAUUGCGCAGCUCGUAAUAACGAAUUGCCCUGAGACAAUGGACAUGUGGGAUCUUCCUCAUCUCUCAACCCGACCGAUGUUCCUUUUUGCGUAUGAAGAACCGUCAAAGGAGAUUUUUAGGUCCAAGAACAGGUAUUUGGAAGCUUGCAUCCCGAGUAGAAAGGUGCCGGAUUGGUUCGACUAUAAAAAAAUAGGAUCUUCGAUAUUGUUUCAUGGUCCUUUACUCUCAACUGGUGAAACUCGAGCUAUGAUUGUGUACGUUGUCUAUUCGAUCAAAGAUGAGCAUAAUGGAAGUAUUGAUGAAUCUCUUACCAUACAUUUUAAAAAUAAAACCAAGGGCUAUGAGAGUUUGGAUAAGCCUUUUCCUCGUACCUUUGAUACUGAGAUAAGUCAAGAUCAUACCUGGAUAUGUUAUUUGACGACCGAAGAGUAUGUGAGUCUAAAAGUGGAUGAAGGAGAUGAAAUUGAAGUUUCUGUUGAGGCGCAUGGUGGAAUUCUUGUGAAGGAAUGUGGUAUCCAUUUACCAAUUCAUCAAAUUGAGGUGGAGUAUUUCAUUUCCAUUGGAUGUGUAGUUACUGCAAACUCUAUAAUACGAGAUGCAGUAGUUAAAACAAGGUUAUCAAAGCAUUUGGGGAAGUUUGGAGGUUUGAGAAAGCUUCUUGCUAAUAGGCCUGCUAUUAAGCAAUUGCCUAUUUCCUUGGGACUUUUGAAGAAUCUUGAAGAGCUAUUAUUAGCUAGACGUAAAGAAGAGUUGACUACUAAGUCUUUGUCCCCAUCCUUCUCAAGAUGGGUUUCACCAAGAAAUGCAAGUCCUUCCACAUUACUACCAGCUAUGUUUUCUCAUUUAAGGUCAUUAACAAAGCCUGAUCUCAGUCAUCGGAACUUUGAGGGCUCAAGCAUCCACUGGCCCUGCCGUUUACCUGGAUAUCUACAUGAUAAGAAAGCCAUUAUUACCAUGUCUGGCUUGCAUUCAGAACCACCUGCUGUGACCUCUAAAACAUCAACAAGCUGA